AUCAUGGCGGCAGUUUAUUUGUGUUUACACGAAACUUUAUUUAUUUUCAUUAUGAAUACCGUAAUAUUAGAGUAAAAUUUUUCAAAAAUAAAAUCUAGAUAUGUUAUCCUAUGAGUUGCGAAGCUUAAGGAGAUAGCAAAAUGCCUUAUUAUUGCACAGUGCCGCGCUGUACGUCAAUGGCAGGGAAGGCCAAAAAUGUAUCUUUUCACCAGUUUCCUAGGGACGAGGGAUUAGCAAAAUUAUGGAAUGAAGUGCUCAAAAGAGGAAAGCCGUACACAAAAUACUCAAAAGUAUGUAGCCUACAUUUCAAGCCGGAUGAUUACACUAUAACAAGUGGUCAGAAAAACAAAGGUCAAUGGAGGACGCUCAGAAAGGAUGCAGUGCCAUCGCAGAAUUUACCAUCGGAGUCCCCGGGGGAAGAGUGGCAGCGGCGGAACUCCGCAACCUGGCCUGCGUCGUUGAAUGUUGAUACCAGUAUGCACCACCAGAUGGCGCAGGCUAUCUACGUGCAGACCAUGCUGGCGAUGCAGGCCGCCGGCAUCACGGAAACUGAGAUGAACUCGGUGAAUUUGGAUCAACCCUCGCCGUCCCAAAACGACGCUAGCCACGAUGACACCGACUCCAACCCAUCCGUGCAAGCUGAAAACGAACAAACAGACAAAAGGAUUGUACCCGAGAAAGUCACCUACAGAUGCCGCGAAUGCUCCAAGUGUUUCAAGGACCCUGAUGUACUACUAUUGCAUCAGAGGACACACGCGAGAUCCGAAAUUACACCUGGCAACACUGAAAUGCUGAAAGCCAAUCCGAUACUGGCGAACUUGCUCAGAAACGACACGGAGAGUGUAAACAGAAAUGUUGUUAGCAUCGAGAAUCAGAUUAUGUCCGCGCUCACUGAGAACAUGGCGAAUUAUCUGCGCAAUCUGUCGUCCAUCAUGGCGGCUGGCAACACCGAAUACGCCAUAGACAAAAGCGCGGGAAAUUCAAAUGGCUGUCGACUUGAAACGACCGACCGCCACGGUGGUGGAGAGAAUGAUAUAAACGAAACCAUAGACUACAAAGAGAAUAUAAAUUCCAUGGAUUUUAACAUUGACAAUGGCGCGGGAAAUGAGUGCGCCGAUGAGAGAAAUAGUGAUGUUGUUUAUGGUACGGGAAAAAAUAUCGAUUUUGCCACAGAUGAUAUAUCUCAAGCGGAGCGAAUCGAAAAUGGCGCCAAACUGUGAUACUAUAAAGACUAAAAAUUUGUGUAUAGGAAGAAAAUGAUAAUUAUUUUUUGUAAGUUUUUCCUGUAUUCAUAUGAUCUUAUUAGUUUUUAAUGCGCGAAUAUAAAUAAAACCACAGAUUAUCUAUCUUACGUAUAAAUAUAUAAGACAGAUAAUCUGUGGUUCUAUACGAUGUAUAGAUAGAUAAUCUGUAAAUCCUCGUGUCACAGUGUAAGUUGCCAUAUUCCUCGGGAAUGGCUCGACCAAGCUUUAUGAAAUUUUAUAUGUAUAUUUGAUAGGUCUGAGUAUCGUUAACCAUUUCGUUUGAGCCCCAAAGUGAUAAGAGUAAGGCAUAAUGGCUGCCGUCGGUAAGUGUUUUAUGAUAUAUUUUUAUAAAAGAUUUUAAUAU